AUUAAAUUUUUUAAUGAAAAAUUGAAAUCGGCUCGAUGUAUUGAUUUGACAUUAAAUUCGUGUUAUCAAAAAAUAGUAAAUUGGAGAAAAAAUUGUGUUUCUUAUAAUUGGUUUAAAAAAAAAAUGGCAAAUGACACACCAACACGGCGAAAAUUGAACAACAGCAUCACCGCGGAUAAGACUGAAAUUGAAGCACCAGACGGUGGCUAUGGAUGGAUUGUCGUUUUUUCAUCAUUUUGCAUUCACAUAAUCACCGAUGGAAUAACAUACUCAUUUGGCGUGUUGUUCAUCCAAUUGUUGGAUGAAUUCAAGGAGGGAAAGGGAUAUACAUCUUGGAUUCUCUCACUUAUGUGCGGUAUAACGCUGUGUUCAGGUCCCAUUUCAUCAUUGUUUGUCAAUAAAUACGGUUGCCGUGCCGUUACGAUUGUCGGUGCAAUACUCGCUUCAGCUUGUCUCUUCAUCAGUGCCUAUGCACAGAAUGUACUCACUCUCAUCAUAACAAUUGGAUUCGGUGUAGGAUGCGGACUUGGGCUCAUUUAUUUGCCGGCCAUCGUUAGUGUUGCAAUGUACUUUAAAAAAUAUCGAUCAUUGGCAACAGGCAUCGCAGUCGCAGGUAGCGGUUUGGGUACUUCGAUCUUUUCGCCUCUCAUUGCAUUCUUUGCCGAAGCAUAUGGCUGGAGAUAUUCAGUGUUGCUUCUCGCGGCGAUUGUGUUAAAUAACGCAAUUUUUGGAGCUCUGUUCAGGCCGCUAACAGCUUCAUCGCAGCAAACAGCUCCGACGGAAUACUCGGAUGCAUAUCAAAGAGAUGAUAUUUGUGAAAUGGAACCCGUACUGAAUAACCACCAUCAUUCAAAUGGAAAGUCAAUAAAUAAUGGCGUGUUAAUAGAUAAAAACAAGGAAAAUGACAAUAGAUCAUUGAAAGAAUCCCAAAAGCUAAUCCCAUGCAACGGAGCACUUUCACGACCUGAUAUUUUUUAUCGCGGUUCGCUACCGAAUAUACCGAAUUCUAGGUCACCUAGUGAACUAUCAAUCAAUAGAUACGGCUCGAUUCGACAUAUUGAAGAAUUUGAAGAUUUAUCAUCAAGUGGAUUUCGCUGUGGAUGUAUUCCGGUUGAUGCGUAUAAGAAUUUGGUCCAAAUGACAAAUUUUAGUCUGCUCAAAAAUCCUGUCUACAUUUUGUUCAUUGCAUCGAAUGUGGCGACUACUCUUGGAUUCUAUAUUCCGUAUUUUUAUCUACCGGAUCGAGCCAAAGAACUUGGUGUUUCUGAAGAAAAUGUGGGCUAUAUGAUAGCAACUAUUGGCAUAGCUAAUACAUUCGGCCGUAUCAUCUUGGGUUAUAUUUCGGAUAAUUCGUACAAACGUCGACUUUGGGUGUACAAAAUAUGUCUCUUUUCUUGUGGCAUUGCAACGGCUGCCUCAGUUCUUUGCAUGGAUCUACCCUCUCUGAUUAUUUACUCGGCUGUGUUUGGAUUCACGAUUGGCGCCUAUGUCGGUCUAACUUCAGUUAUUCUUGUCGAUUUGAUUGGAUUGGAUAAACUGACCAAUGGCUUUGGUUUACUAUUGCUAUUUCAAGGAAUAGCCAGUUUCAUUGGGCCACCGAUAGUCGGAAUGCUUUACGACCAGUUCAAGACAUACACACCCGGUUUUGUGCUUGCUGGAUCGCUGAUUUCUUUCAGUAGUUUCUUAGUUUUAUUUAUUCCACGGUUGCAAAAUCACGUUGCAAAUAGUUACUUACGGUUUGAAAACGAACAACCAUAAUCAAUUUAUUCAUUAUUUUUUCAUAUUGCGUUUAGUCGAUUUUUUUAAGCCAUCAUUUUUGAUUAUAAAUGGUGAAUAAAACAUUUAUAUAAAUCUUGUUUUU